AUGCUGAAUGCCGACAAGAAAGACUACGAGCGCAUCUGUACCGAGUUUGGUGUUGCAAACUUAAGUUUGAUUCUCAAGAAACUGGAUGAGAAGAAGAAGGAGAGGGCGAAAAAUGAGGAUGGUGGGAUUCCAUAUGAUGAAGAUGGAACCGAGAAUCACAGCCUUACGAGGGGUGGGAGAACGAAUAAUUCUAAUAUUAAGGGCCUGAUGCAAAAGGUGGAUGAAGAGGUCAAACUCCUCCUCCUCAACACAGGGCUGAAUCUGAUGGAUGAAGAGGCCAGCCUUCUCUCUACAGAAUUUAAACUUUCCAAUGUGGACUUUGUUGUAAAAAUUCAGGAGCUUAAAGCUUUAGAAAGAGAGGACGCCCUCUUUGCGUGUGUGCUGACACACCCACUACCUAAGAUCACAUGGAUGGGCAAAGGCGGCACCCUGGAGGAGGGAGAGAAGUACAGCAUCACCGUGUCGGACCACAAACUAAUCCACCGACUGCUGAUCAAAGACUGCAACCUGCUGGACAAAGGCAUAUAUUCAGCUGUGGCUGGCAUUACAUCCUGCAGUGCCUGGCUGGUUGUUCUAGCUGAGAGCGACCCUGCAUCUGCCGAGCUGAAGAGAGCUCGUAAAGCUACCUUGGCAAGUGGAGCUCUGAUCGACCUCGAGAAGGUGGCCAAAGAUCAACAGAUAAAAAACAGAGAGGAGAUGGAGAAGAUUUUAGCAGCAGUGAAAGCAAAACACAGAGAAGGACAAGUGGAGGAAGGGAAGUCGAUAAAUGGAAGAGAUGGUGCAGUCACUGGACAUGGUAAAAACAGCGGAGCAAAGACCGGUGCCAAGAUCAAAAACUCAAAAGGAAAUGGCACAGAAACUAAACUAGAUGCUUCGGGGCGCCUUAUUGGUGACCCUAAGAGCAAGAAGCGCAUCAGAUCAGGUCAAAUGGAUUUUGACAAGGUAACAGAUACAGAUGAAGAAGGAUAUUCUGAAGACGAUGAGGACUUUCCUGGAUCUGCCAAUAAUUCAAGAUACAGAAAACAUGAUCAAGAGACAGAACCUGAACAAACUGAGUCCAGCUGUAGAGAUGUUGAUGCCACAAGUCAAAACGACAUGACUGAUUGUGAUGGAAAUACAGACUCUAGUAGGACUGUCAGACAGCCAAGGCGCACAAAGAAGGCUCAACGGAAACAACGUACAUCUGGGCAAGAUCCAAAUGAACUAGCAAGUGACGAUGAAGAAAGUGACGGUGAUGAGAGUGACGGUGAUGAGAGUGACGGUGAUGAGAGUGACGGUGAUGAGAGUGACGGUGAUGAGCGUGACGGUGAUGAGAGUGACGGUGAUGAGCGUGAGGACUCUACUGGACAGCUCAAGCAUUCACGUCGUUCAAAGCGAAGCCAGCAGCUACAGAAAGCAAUGAAUGGUGAGAGUACAUAUCUUGAAGACCACAGUGAGUAUGACGAGACUGAAGAUGCAACUGGCGCAGCCACACGUUCAAGGCGUAAAAGACAAGGUCCACCGAUAGAAGACAUGCUGAUUGAUCCAGGAGUUCAUUUCAUCUGUGGUUUGUCUGAUGUCAAUGCCAUCAUCAAUGAGAGUGCCGAGUUAACAUGUAAGCUCAGCAGUGAAGACUGUGAGGGAGCCUGGUUCAGAGACGGCAAAAAGAUAUCCCCAGAUGACAAUUUCACUGCGAGUAAAGAUGGCACGAUCCAUAAAUUAGUCAUAAUCAGGUGCGAGGAAGAGCACUCUGGGAAAUACCGCUUUGAGGCAGAUGGUCGUAAAACAGAGGCGAUGAUCAACGUCAAAGAUCCCCCGAGGUUUGACCACGAAGACGUCAUUGCUUUCACUGAGCCUGCGACGGUUAAAGCGGGGCACAACGCCAUCUUCAAACUGCAUUUCGUUGGCCAUGAACCCGUAAAGAUUAAGUGGUACAGAGAGGAAGAAGAGCUCCUCGAUGACAACAACACAAUGAUAGAGAAAUCUGCAAGUCACAGCCGCUUGCUCCUGAGCAGGUGCCAGAGAAGGAACACGGGGGAGAUCAAGAUUAAGCUCAAGAAUGAACAUGGCUUCAUUGAGGCCAUUUCACAGUUAAUUGUGCUCGACAAACCCACUCCACCCCUGGGUCCUGCAGAGGUAACAGAGAGCUCAGCUGUUUGUAUUGAAUUUAAGUGGAGGCCGCCUAAGGAUGAUGGCGGCUCACCAGUGAUCAACUACACGAUUGAGCGACAGCAGGUGGGACGAAACACCUGGAAGAAAAUGGGGGAAGUCCCAGGUGUGCCCAGCUACCGCGAUACAGACGUGGACCAUGGCCGGAAAUAUUGUUACCGUGUCCGGGCAGUUACUGCCGAGGGUACCAGUGAAGUGAUGGAGACUGAUGAUAUGCAAGCCGGCACUCUAGCUUUUCCUGGCCCUCCAGCACCUCCGAAGGUGGUCAGCGCCUACGACGACUGCGUCAACAUUUCCUGGACUUCACCGAAUAAAACAGGAGGUUCACGUAUCCUGGGCUAUAUUUUAGAGAAACGCAAGAAGGGGAGUAAUCUCUGGGCCGUUGUCAAUGCCAUGGAUGAAGUCAUAAAAGAGAAGAAAUAUGCAGUGAAAGAUGUCGUGGCAGGAAUGGAAUAUGAAUUCAGAGUCACUGCCAUAAACCUCUCAGGAGUUGGUGAAUUCAGCAACCCCUCAGAGUUUGUUUUUUCACGGGAUCCAAAGAAGCCUCCUGGUAAAGUUACAAACCUGAAGGUGACAGAAACUUCUUACACCCACUUGGUCCUGACUUGGACCAAACCGGAGGAUAAACCAGAGAUACAGGAUGAAGCAAAGGGAUAUUUUGUUGAGAUCCGACCUGCAGAGUGCCUCGAAUGGUCCCGCUGUAACACCACUCUCAUCAUCACGACUUCCUUCAGCGUGAAAGGCCUUAAGUCCAUGAACAUGUACUGGGUGAGAGUAAUUGCGACAAAUGACGGGGGAAAGAGUGCUCCCGAGGAGCUGGCCAACUAUGUCCUUGCAAUGCCGUCACCUGUGAGGCCAAAGUUCACAAACCGCAAGAUGAAGAGCUUCUUGGUGGUGAGGGCAGGGAACUCUGUCAGGAUCACAGUGAACUUUGAGGCCUCCCCUCGGCCACAUAUUAUGUGGGUAAAGGACAACGUGCCAGUGACAAAACGAGUCACAAUCAGCAACUCUGAUGGCUCAUCCCAGCUGCUGAUCCCCUCGUCUGAGCGCUCUGAUUCGGGCAUCUAUUCCAUUUUGGUGAAAAAUCUCGCAGGACAGGAGACAUUCAGUACAGAGGUCAGGGUCACAGAUGAUCCGAAGCCUCCUGGACCGGUAGAGCUGGAUGAGAACGUGCCCGGCACGGUGACGGUGAUCUGGCAGCCUUCUCCUGAUGAGAAGCGCGAUGACCGCCUCCACUACACAGUGUCCAAACUGGACUCUACCAAACGCACAUGGACAACAGUGGCUGAAAAACUCUUCAAUAACAGGUUUACAGUCUGCAACAUCAUGCACGGGAGGGAAUAUCACUUCCGGGUGUAUGCCAAAAACGACAUGGGAGUAUCUGCGCCGUCAGAUUCACCAACCUGUGGGAAGGAGAAGAAGAAAGAAAAAUUUGUGGUGAGCGUACCGACCAGAAAGGACUGUGACUUGCGAUGUGCUCCAACCUUCAUUGUACCUUUGAAGCUUCACACCGCACCCAAAGGCUAUGAAUGUUAUAUGAGCUGUGCGGUGAAGGGAAUCCCCAAACCUCGCAUCACGUGGUAUCGCAAUCACAUCAGCCUCAACACUGACACCAACUAUUACAUCUCCAACACCUGCGGAGUUUGCUCCAUGUCGAUUCUCCACGUAGGCCACAAAGACAUGGGGGAGUACACCAUCGCUGCAGAGAACGCCCUCGGACGGGCCGAGUGCUCCACCGUCCUCAGUGUCAAAGAGUGA